UAUACGGCUUGACAGACGAUUUCAAAACCAUAAAAUGCUAUUUGAAAAAAGUUCUUCAAAUAUAUUCUGAUUUUUUCAAGAAUUUGUUGUUUCAAAUAUCUAGGAAAGAAUACAUCUGCUUCUUGAAGCUUGAUCCAGAUGGUGCAUUCUUUGACUUACUUGAUUUUAAAAAGAAAAAAUGUUCUUUCAAAAAUAUGGCUUGCUGCUCACUGGGAUAAAAAGCUAACAAGAUAUCAUAUCUUGCAAAUUGAUAUUGAAAAAUGUAUAAGAGAUAUUAUACAUCAGGAGAUUAUCCUGGAUUUACGUUUGUCAGGGCAUUUACUCGUUGGCAUUGUAAAAAUAUUUUCAAGGAAGGCUACAUACCUUUUAAAUGAAUGUACUGAAAUAAUUAGUAGAGUUAGAGUUUUUCGAGCAGAUGUGACAGUUCUCUCUCCAAGAAAGCUAGUAGCUCCACUGCAAGCAAUAACACUUCCUGAAAUAUAUGAAAAAGUGGAUGAUUUUGAGUUGAAAAAAACAAUUGAAGAUGACAUUUUUAGCUCAUACCAGUCUCAUGUAGAAGAUAUUACCUUAAAAGAAACUGCCCAUGAUAUUCGCCUUAUAAAUGAUGAUGAACAUUUUGAUAUUUUUGGUGAAGAAAAUGUUCCAAUGGAUUUUGAAGAAAAUGUCCAGCUUGCUACUCUAUUGAAUGAUGGUGAUCAAGAUCAUCAAAUUCCAAAGGAUGCUGAAGCCGGAUCUAUUUCAGAAUAUUGUAAUGGUGAAGGAACUGGACAUGGGAGUUUCGACAGUGCUGACAGCAUAUCAGAAAAUAAGAAAAGGUAUCAUACCUCAGACAGUCAAGAACUAAUUUCUCUUUGGUUGCUAGAUAAAAUACCAAAGUCAAAAGAUGAUAGCAAAUUAAAUCUGGAGCCACUUUCAAAUAGUUUUUAUCAUAACCAUCGAAUAAAGAAACAAAAGCGAAAAUUGAUAAUUGAUGAAGUAAAAUCAAUAAGCAGAGAAAAAAUGGACAAAUAUGUUCAAGAUUUUUCAGACUUAGUCAUUCCCUUAGAUUUAGCUCCACCAUCCAAACGUUUAAUGAUUCUGAAAGAAAUUGGUAGUGCUGAACAGCUACUAUGUCAACCUGGGCUGAAAAUUACAAACACUGAAAUUCAAAAUCUUUUCAAAAGAAAUCUCAGGAUUGUUAAAACGGAAGAAAUGGUAGAGGAUUCUAUUUCUAUUGAGGAAACAGAACUUUCCAUCCCACUUGAGAGCUCCCAAGGAAAAAUUUUUCAUGAUGGAUGCAUUCCUGCGAAUGGUUUUGAUGAGCAAAACUUUCUUUCUAAUGAAAUAAGUAAUCAACAUGAGCUACUUAAUGGAAAUCCUUUACCAGAAAAUGCGAUGCAUUCUGACUCUUCUACAAGUGAUAUUGGGUAUUUGAAUGAAUUAAAGAAUUCCCUUGCUGAAGAUAUACAGCUUUCUGUUGAAUAUCAGCAAGAUUCUGGGUGCUCUUCUAAUGGAAUAAGCAACAUCUGCCAAGAGAAAAUAAUUAAACUGCUGCAAAAACUGAAACUAUUAUUUAAAGAAAUAAAUGAAAUAAAAUUUUCAAACCUAGUUCAAAUAGACUGUAAAAGUAAGGUUGCUCAAAAAUUCCAUUCAAUAUUAAUGAUUAAAAAGUUUAAUAUAGUGGAAAUAAGGCAAGCAGAGCCUUAUGGAGAAAUAUUUAUAACUAAAGGAACAAAUUUUGUUGUUGCCUGUGAAGACAUUUAUUGAAUUUAGAACAGAAAUCAGGCAUCAUUUAGUAAUAAUUCAAUCUAGUUCAUUGUUAUCUGUAUACAUCAUAUUUCAAUGUAUGUUUAAGAAAAUAUAUGAGUUGAUGUACCAUUUUAUAUAAGGGAUUUUUCUUACACACAUUCACCUACCC